UUCUUCAAAAACUGUCGUUCAAAUCCAGUGGUUGCUUCACAAUCAAUUCGAUAAAGAGGGAUAACUGUUUAGUGCCUGACAUCAGAAUGUAUGUGAUAUCAACUGCAAUACCUCCUCCACCCACUCUACCAAUCAAAUGUGAAACCUGUAGAAAAAUUCAAAUGAGUUUCUAUGGACCUGGUGGCAUCCCACUGGUUGUACCUCAUGUUUCCUUUGGAGAUGCUGAUCUCUCAACUCUGAUCAACAUGGCAGAUUAUGGAGCAAAAGCUGGAAAUCCUAUUAUGUUGGAAAAUAAUUCAACCCCAGAUGUUGUUUGGCCUGAUUAUCAAAUCAGUGUAACACCAGAGGGAACUUUGAGUGACGCAGCUGCUGACAGUUCAUCCUUAGACACUGGUCUCCAAAAAAGAAAAUAUGUGAUACAACUCAUCUUUAUUCUUGAAAAGGUUAAUGACCAUUUCACAACUGGGAAAUACUUGAAUUUCCUAGAUUCAAUCCGACAGAAUUUACAACACCUGGUCACAAUACGAAACAAAAAGAUCCGGAGACCAGUUCACACCAGCCUCGAUAAAGUGCUCAUGAACAAGAAGACCCUGGAGGAGGAGAUUCUUCGGAACAAGAUCCUCAAAAAAGCCAUUCCAACCAUAUCCAAUGCGCUUUGCUCGGUGUUGACACAGAGCGUAAACAAGAAUUUUAGGGAAGAAUGCUUCAAUUCAAUGAAGGUCACCAACUCCAGGGCAAUGAAAAGGGUGCUGCAUAAGAACCUGUGGUCGAUUGCUUCUAAAGUUCAUGGUGUGGUGCCAUGUGAAGAAACAAUUUUACCAUUUGAGGAAAGGGUUUCUCAGCCACAACAGCCUGUUGAAGAGGCAGGAUCUCGAAAGUCUGAAGUUCCUCGCAAGCGUAGAAAACAGCAAUACGUGUAUGAUUGUGGAGAUGAUCCAUGUCCAUCUCGGAACAGUACCCAGACUACAUGCACGGAAGAUUUUCCAGGUGCAUCAACGAUGACCCAAGGAACCACAAAUACAUUAGCUACAAUACAGCCAUCGGCUAAUCUCCAUGCGCCAGUCAUCAACUUUGAUGCCCUGGGAACAGCAUUCAUACGAGAUGAGGAUUCCAUCUUUCAAGAUGACAUGGGCGGAAUAGAAGAUAUUGAAAUGGCCGAGCAGAUCUUGCUCGAAGAAGUCAGGAAGAUUACGGAGGAAGCAACACCAGCUGCUGAGAAGCUGGAAGCAUCCAUUGAUGACAGUUGGUUCAAUGACUUGAUUGAUGAUCCAGAGUUCCUCAUCUGAUAUGUCUGAAGAUGUCAUGCAUCGGAGCCAUGAGAUAAAUCUCACAAGUCAAUCAUAUGUAAAGUGGUGGCCUAUCAGACAGCUACCAUCUAUGUGCAGAAUAUAAAUGUAUGACUGGACUCGUUGUCUUGGCCUGAUCUAACGACAUGUUCAAUCUUGCUGCUCAGUGAUGUACCGUAACACUAAAGCAAUA